AAGCGCAAACAUUAGAAUUUCAUAUAGCCUUUGGCAUAGAGCUUGUACUUCUUCUUCUAACAUGAACAAGCGAUACUCAAUAAUAGUGUCGUUAUCUGUGGUUGGCAUUCUUUUUAUCAUUUUUCAAAUCAGCAACUUAAAGAGUUAUUGGUCAGGUUUUUUGCCAACGGAAAGCAUCCUCAAUGACACUAUUGCGGGUACUUCAUAUCACACGGAAAACUCUACGAUUUUAAUAUUAUAUUGGAGUUCGGUUUUCGGACGUAAGGUGAAUGUAACCGGCAUCGAUGGGAAAUACAAAUUCCCUUUUUUCGCCGUGAGCGACAAAUGCCCGGUUAAAUGCGAGCUAACUAGCAACAAAAGUCGUAUAGCAGAGGCUUCGGCUAUUGUGAUACACGGACGUGACGCGGAAGAAAUGCCUCCUGCGUCAAGCAGACACAACACUGUUCCUUGGAUAUUUCACGCGAACGAGAACCCCGUUUUUACGAAAGCACUUCGCAAUGGCGACAUUAUGCAGAAGUUCUCGUACUCUGCCUCGUAUCGGCUGGAUUCCGAUUUCCCUUGCCCGCAAUUCUAUAAACCGAAAUUGACCAGACCCGUUGCAUUUGCAAAGAAAACUGGCUUGAGUGUCGCCGUUUACAGUCAUUGUGAGAAAACCAGAACUUUGUAUCUACACCGUUUGAUGAAGCACAUGCCAAUUGACUUCUACGGAAAAUGUAUGCGAACGAUGCCCGUGCUUCCUAGAACCAAAGAUAAUCACGGUUUUCUAGUAGGAAUCAUGUCCAAAUAUAAGUUUGCCUUCGUUUUUCCAAACGCCGAUUGCGACUAUUACAUGACCGAGAAAAUAUACAUCGCCUUGUCCUCAGGUGCCGUUCCCGUCUGGAUGGGAACGGAUACAAUCGACGAGGUCUUGAAAUGGGGGAACCUGAAAACAUCUGUGAUCAAGGUUAGGGACUUCAAGUCGCCUCGACAACUGGCGAAACACCUUUUGUGGCUUUCGCGGAACGAAGCCGAGUACAACAAAUUCCUGAAAUGGAAGUACGAAGGCUUCAAUUUCCCGAGGGAGUAUUACGAGUCGCGGAUCGCGGAGUGGUGGGAAGGUAGCCCGCUGUUUUGUCAAGUGUGCAUGAGACUAGCGCAGACCAAUCGUUCGGUUUGGAGAAGGUUAGAUGUUGACAACUGCGACGGGAGGCAAAGGCGGACUCUGGAGAAGUGGAUACGAGAAUAGUACAGCACCAU